AUGCCGAUCGAACGAGGUCUACAAUAUUUACGGCAAAUGCAACGAGUGACAUUGAAAAAUCUCCCGAUGCCUCUCGAAAAGACACUCAAAUGGCAGCAAGCACAUCCGGAUGAAACUAAAAUCAAAGCAAUUAUGAGUAGAAAAGGUCCAAUAUCUCGAAGUGCGCUACCACCAUAUGGUAUCGAUCCCAUUCAAGCAGAGGGACGUCUCCCGUGGAUUCUAACCGUUCCAAAAGAACCAUACUAUGAAGGAGUCGAAGAAGCAAGGCAAUAUUUGCCGAUAUCAUUACGGACUCUUCAACGUCUGAUCGAUCUCCGUCGCAUCAAUCCCGAGAAACCUAUUGAUUUGCCCGUACUUUGCAAUACAAAGUUGUUUUCCAUUCAACCUGAUCAAAGACAAUUCGGUCUACAAUUAACUGAUGAAGGUGCUGAUCUCUUUUCUACUCCAAUCAAUCUGGAAAUUCAAUGGGUAGCUAGUGAAUUAGCUAUCGCUGCUAUUGAACGAUGUGGUGGUGUCUUAACAACACGCUAUUUUGAUCCAAUCUCAUUGUCAGCAUUGAUAGAUGCAAAGAAAUUCUUUGAGCGUGGUGAACCGAUUCCGCGUUGUGAUACUCCGCCGAUCAAUGCCGUCGAAUCUUACACAGACCCAAAACAACGCGGUUACUUAGCCAAUCCAGAUUCAAUCCGUGAAGAACGACAACGUUUAGCACAAAAAUAUGGUUAUAAACUACCAGAUCCAUCGAAGUUUUCAUCUUUAUUUCGUUUGAAAAAAGAUCCUCGACAGAUAUUCUAUGGUUUGGAGCCGGGUUGGUUAGUUAAUCUCAAAGACCAAACGAUUCUGAAACCGACAGAUGCUAAGUUUCAAACGUUCUAUCAUUCUUGA